UUUCAUCAGUUUAUUUUUCAUAUAAAUAAUGCAACAAUCGGCAUUUGUUUGAUGAUGCAAACUUUAAAUAUAUAAAUUUAAUAAAAUUCUUUAUAAUAUGCUUCCUGAUAAUGAAAUUAUUAACUGCGUGCCCGGUCAAAGACUUGGGACAGUCGAUGAGAAUACCAUUGCUGGACAAGGGGCAUAUGAAAGAAAUGGUUCUAUAUAUUCCACACUAUUAGGAACAGUUCAUGUGAGAGAGGAUGGGAAGAUAAAGUAUAUCGAAGUGAAGGGUCACAAAGGCAAAACAAUUGUUCCUGUGCCUGGGGACAUUGUAACAGCUCGCGUAAUGCAAGUGAAUCAAAGAUAUGCAAAGUGUGAAAUAACAUGUGUAGGAGAUUACAUUUUGGAAAAAUUUUAUAAGGGUAUUAUUAGGCGAGAAGAUGUUAGAGCUAGAGAAAAAGACAAAAUAGAAUUAUAUAAAUGUUAUCGCCCUGGAGACAUUAUAUUAGCAAGAGUUUUACCACAAACUGAAUUAGUAAAUUACCAAUUAUCUACAGCAGAAAAUGAAUUAGGAGUAGUUGUGGCAGUCGUUAAGGAAGCCGGCCCAUAUGCACCUCCAAUGGUACCAGUUAGUUGGACCGAGAUGCAAUGUCCUGACACACUUAUCAAAGAACCAAGAAAAGUGGCAAAAAUUGUGGCGGAAAGUUCUUUGACAUUUACAACUGAAAGUGAAAAAGAUUCAGACCCAAAAUCAAAUGAAAAGAAUAAAGAAAAUUAAA